UCUCCAAAGAUGGCUGCGCAGGUGCCUACCGCAGGCCGACUUCGCGGCGGCACUCUGAGAACGAAAGGGUGAAGCUCUGGGGCUCGUCCCACGAUCCCCGGAAGCAGGGACGUGCACUUCCGGGGGCGGGGUCCGGCGGUGGCUGCAUCGCGAUGUCGUGGCUGAGGGCGGCAUGCGCGAGAUCCGGACAGGACGGGGGCGCAGAUGCGGACGUGUUUGACGACGAAGCGGACGAGACGCUGCCGGCGCAGCGAGAGUGGAGGAACCGCGUAGAGCGGCGCGUGCGGGAAGGUUAUAGAGAUGGUGUCGAUGCUGGGAAAGCAGCUGUCCUUCAGCAGGGCUUCAAUCAAGGUUAUAAGGAGGGUGCCGAAGUCAUUGUCAACUACGGGCAACUCAGAGGAACCCUCAGCGCUCUACUCUCCUGGUGCCGCCUUCAGGGUGACAGGUCACCGUGGAUUACUCACCUGAAUGACCUUCUGGAUGCCGUGGGCCAGUGUGAAGAGUUGGUGCUCCAGCGCCUGACGUCGGCCCCUGCCCAGCCCCACGUGGGAGAUCUAUUGGAUUCCAUCCAAGAUAUGGACCUUUGUUCCACGGACCCAGCUCAAGAAAGGACAGGAGAGGAAAGACUCAGGGAGCCAAGUGUCGACUUAGACGAAAACUGCCACCAUGAGGCCUAUCAGAGCCCUCGACCCUGUUCUCCAGGCUGUAGGAGGCAGGGUGGGACUCACCCUGCAAAGCCGAGCUUCUCUUGGAUUUUAGAACAAACUGCCAGCAUUGUGGAGCAGCUGGGCCUACCCUCGGACAUCCUGCAGAACAUCGAGCCGCCGGGAAACUAGCUCCACUUGGUCACAGUUAGUAUUCUAAAAUCCUUUUUAUGGACGCUCUUUGACCUUAUCUGUAGUUGGACCAAAAUAUUUAUUGAAAUCUGCUUUUCAUCUGUUCAGCUUUUACCAGUGCUCUUGCAGACAUUUAAAUUUGUCUUGAAGGAAGCUUCUCUCUCCAUCUCCUGGCCCUUUCCACCUGAUUCCCCCCACCCCCGCCCCCGCCCAAGCUGUGUCUGCUCUCUUGCUCAGGUAAUAGUGGUCUCUGCUCCCUUGUCUUAUGACACAGGAAGGGGGGUGGGGGGGGAGUUCCUUUGAUUCCAGAAGAGUUUUCCCAACCCUUCUGUAAUCAUGAGCCCAGUGCACUUUUGUGCAUGCUUCAGAAUUCCAGGAGUCAGGUCAGCAUUGGUUGGGAACCGGAAUCUUCAGAAUGAAUAACAGAAGUGGGCUAGGCACCCGUUUCUUCCCUGAAGUCCUUAUUACUAAUCUCAUCACAGAAUCAAAAAUGAAUCCAUCCAGCCCCCAAACCUUAGCCCCAAGGCACACACAAAUCACUGUACUUUCAUUCUGCCCACACAGAGAUUAAAACCACUCCCAGUUCUUGAUGUUGGCUUGCCAGUGACAUCACUCAGCAACAGCCUGGUGAAAUAGGUCAUGGGGAUGCUAUCAAUCCCCUUUAUGUGGAUAAGAUAAGCAAGGCUCCUCCGGCCUGUGGCCACACAGCCCCUGAUUAUCUUGGACUCAAGCUGAGGUCUUCUCCAGCCGUUAGGGCGGUCACCCCCAACUGUCCCUGUAAAAAUGUGGGAAACGUUCAAGCAACAUUUCUGACUUUGCAAUGAGAUUAGUUACAGAAUCAGAAGAGGCCCCAUUGGUUGUCAUGCCUCACCCCAGCUGCUGCCCGAGUCUCCUUGUUCACUUCCUCAUGAGUGACCACGGGUUUUCUGUUUGGAUCUUCUCUGUGAGGAGAGCUCACUACCUCGUGAGAUCAUCAGUCCUUCCUCAGGGUUCUCUGCUUGUGAGCAAUUCCUUAUGUUGGGCUGAAAUCAGCCUUUCUCCAGCUGGUCACCACUGUGCCCUCCAGUGCCACACAAAAGAAGGUCAGUCUGGGGGCAAAAACCCACAUGUAGCCUUUGGUCAGCCUCAGGAUGUACUGCGGUGCCUUCUCUUUUAGGCAAAUACAAUGGGGUGGGAUUUUGAUGGCAUAGUGACCACAGCACCAGCCAAGACACUCAAGCCAAGAGUCAACAUUCGUCCUAAGCUGCCCAGGCAGGUAUCCCCUCCAUCACAAUCUCCCCUGGCCCUGGGCACAAAGGAGGAUAUGGAGAAGCAUCGGCUGCCCCACUUCCACCAUCCUUCACUGGGUACUGACAGUAGUUCAGGAACUGCGCCGGCCAGUUUUCUAGAGCCCAAAGAUACAGUUCUCCUAGUGCUGCCCUGAAGUCAUCAUCAGGGGCAGCUGGACCCGCUCUUAGCAGCCCCCUGCCCAGCACGGUUUGCCCUGUUGUUCUUUCCGGCCCAAAGAUCAUUCAUUCCGCUUGGCAAAGGAUGCAGAAGCAGGGGAAGAGCUGAGCAGUCCUGCCACUCGCCAGCCUCAGCCCCCUUCCCUCCAAAGCCAUUCUCAGAAUGGCCAGGCUCUCUCUCCUCCUCGUGACCUGCUGUGUGGGCCUUCUUGAAACCCGAGGUGGACCGUGAGUUCCUUCAGCAUCUCAAUGGUUUCUUCAAACCUCUCCCCCCCAAGCCCCGGCACAAUGCCAGGCACAUUGCAGCUGCCGGGAAGGCUUUUUUAGUUCUUCCGCUCAUAGUGGGUGCUCAGUGAGUGUUUGCUGAGGGACUGAUUGGCUUCCAGUCUGAGUGGUUUCUCUUUGUCUCUUCGGAAUUUCAUCCAUGAGAACUUCCUGUCCCCCAGUGGAGUUUUAUUGCUUAGGACUCUACCUAUCCUUCCUCUGAACCCUCUAAAGUAUUUCUUUAAGCUGGGGUGUAUGGGAAACUAUGUCCCACUUUCUUAUCCACUCUCCCAAUCUCUUAAAAGUAGCCUCUUCCUUUAAUUAUAUUAAACAAUAAUAAUCUAAGAGACAGCUAGGUAGCACAGUGGAUAGAGUGACAGGCCUGCAGUAGGGAGGACCUGAGUUCAAAUCUGACCUCAGACACUUACUAGCUGUGUGACCCCGGGCAAGUCACCUAACUGAGUUUGCCUCAGUUUCCUCAUGUGUAAAAUGAACUGGAGGAGUAAAUGGCAAACCACUCCAAGAAAACGCCAAAUGGGGUCAUGAAGAGUCGGGCACAACUGAAAAAUAAAAACAAUAAUCCAAAAUGACCAUUGGACUAUAACAGUAGCCUCAGCCUUCCAAUAGAUUCUAUAACCGAGUGACCAUUCCACUUGUGAGACCAUUAUUUGGAUAUAGUGUCUAGAGGCAGUGGACUUGGAAUCAGGCAGAACCAGGUUCAAAUCCUACCUUAGGCACAUACUAGCAGCAAGACUGUGGGCAAGUCAUUUAACCCCUCUCAGACUAGAUUCCCUAAAAAUAGCCCCACCUUCCCAGGAUCAAAUGAGGCAACAAGUAAAAGUGUUUUGUAAACCACAAAGAUGAUAGCGACUCUGGCCUUGAUUAUUGCAUUUUGUAAUAGAAUGGUGUGGAAACUUUUUUUUUUAAUGAGAUAUUUUAUUUUUUCCAUUACAUGUAAAGAUAGUUCUCAACUUUUGUUUAUACAUGCUUUACAAUUUCAGAUUUUUCUCCCUCCCCCC